AUGGCACCUCUUGUAAAAGUACUCAGACUUGUUGAUAGUGAGAAAAAGCCAGCUAUGGGCUAUAUAUAUGAAGCUAUGGAUAAGGCAAAGGAGGCUAUUAUGAAGUCUUUCAAUAACAAUGAGACUAAAUAUAAAGCCGUGUUUGAAAUUGUUGAUAGAAGAUGGGAUGUUCAGCUUCAUCGCCCAUUACAUGCAGCUGGUCAUUUUUUGAAUCCAGAGAUGUAUUAUGACAACCCUCAAAUGGAAUUUGAUAGUGAGAUUAUAAGAGGGUUUUAUGCAAGCAUGAAUAAGUUGGUAGGAGAUUUGCAAGUGGAGCAAAAAAUCAUGAUGGAGCUACACACUUAUAAAGUUGCAGGAGAAUUGUUUGGGACUGAAGUUGCUAUAGCAAUGAGGAAAAAGGUUUCACCGGCUCAAUGGUGGAGACUUUAUGGUUCAUCAACCCCCAAUUUACAACAACUAGCCAUAAAGAUAUUGAGCUUGACUUGUAGUUCAUCCGGUUGUGAACGUAAUUGGAGCGUCUUUGAGCAAAUUCAUACUAAGAGAAGAAAUAGGCUUGAUCAUAAAAAAUUACAUGACUUGGUCUAUGUUAAGUAUAAUCAAGCACUCAUGCGAAGAUACAACCUUAAGGAUGAAGUUGAUCCCAUUAGCCUUAAUGAUAUUGAUGAAUGUAAUGAAUGGCUGGUUGGAGAGAUGGAUGGGGAUGAUGAUGAUGAAGUUGAAGCUCUAGAUGAGAGGGUUUUUGGUGGAAAUGAUCCACUUACUUGGAAUCAAGUUUAUGAUGCUUCAGGGGUUGGAGAGCCUCUAAUGUAUACUAGGCGUAACAAAAGGAAGCAACCUUCAAGUGGGGAACGAGCAUCAUCUAAAAAAGCCAAAGGAGUGUCUUCUUCAACUAGGAAAGGAAAAGGAAAAGUUGUUGAAGUUGUUGAAGAAGAUUCAGAAGAUAUUAGUGAGGAGUUAGAGGAAGAAUUUCCAAAUAUUAACUUUGACAAUUCAGAAGGUGAAGAAGUUGAAGGCUAUGCCCCUUUGGCAUUCAAUGAAGAGAAUGAUUACAUUGAGGAAGAGGAGGAGAAUGAUGAUGAUGAGGAGGAUGAUUAGAUUAGCAAAAUGCUUCUUGUACUCUUGUUUUUCUAUGUUUUUUGUUGUGUUUUAAUCAAUUAUGUUAUGAGACAAUGAAUUAUGGUAUUGUUGUUAUGAUAUUUAAGUAUUUAAGUUGAUAUUAUGUUGGUUUUAAUUUAGUUUUGUUGCUUGUUAUUUAUUGUUUUGCUAUUUUUUUUUUAUAUAAUAUAUAUAUAAAUAUUUUUUUUUUGUCCGCCAUGACGUCCGCCAUAGGCCGCCAUGGCAUCCGCCAUAGAGUUAUAAAGGAUUUCUGACCUCACCGCCAUAGAUCGUUAUUCGCCAUCGAUAACCUUGAUUGUUGCUCUCCUUGGCUCCAAUCCUUGAUUUUGCAUGAAAUGUUAACUUGUGUUAUUAGAUGCAUGUGUUUGUGCUAUUCGUGGGAGAAGAUUCACGCCUAUUUUCACUCACCCCAAUGUCAUGCUAGGUAUUGAAAUUUGAGAGAGAUGUAUGAGAGAGAAAGAUAGAGUCAGAAAUAGAUCUAUUUAUUAUUCAACCUAAUGUAUUGGAGAUACAAAGUGGUAUUUAUAGUUGUUAGAAUAGCUUCUUGCAAAAGCUAUAGAAACAAUAACUAACCUUCUGAACAGGUUACAAGUAAUCAAAAAAUACAUGAGAAAUAACAAAACGGAGAAUAAAGCUAUACUACUAUAACAAGUAAAGGUAUAUACUCCAAUACCCCUUGCAAGAUCAAGUGGGGUGAAAUAUUGAAAGUGAAUCAACCAACUUAAGCCCAGUUCAAAGUUAACAGAAAUGAGUUGGAGACAAAGCUUUAGUGAGGAUGUUAGCACAUUGAUCAAGUGCAAGUACAAUAACAACUUGAAUAAAUUUAGCGGUGACCUUUUCAUGAACAAAGAAGAGGUAUAACUCCAUGUGCUUGGUUCGAGCAAGAAGAAUAGGAUUGUGAGCUAAGGCAACAAUACUCAUAUUAUCAUAAAAGAUGACAAGUGUGAAAUGACGAACAUGAAACUCUAACAGUAAAGUUUGAAUCCACAUGAUUUUUGCAAU